AUCUUAUUUUACCUCUUUCUUUUUUUAUCCGUGUAAUAUAGUAUUACAGGUCAAAGGUUAUUGGCCCCAAUGAAUGGAAUGUUGCCUUUUGUCACUACAGUGUAGCCUUGAUCAAUAGAUGUAUGGGCCUUGUCAUGUAUUCCACAAUGCAUUAGUGAUAAUUGUAACCAACAAUGUGACCGUUUCUGUGCCAGGAUGACAUUUUAUUUAAUAAUAAGUAAGAUAUUGUGCAUUUACAAUAUACAGUAUGUAGACUUUGAGAGUGACUUAUUGGCCAAGCAUAAACUAUUUAUGACUGAUAGGAUCAGCGUUCUCCGUUUUCGAUUUCACCUGAAGGUUAUAAUUAUUCCGAGAUAUCACCUAUGGCUACAACUAUUGAGGUGGCUUAUUCUAAUACCCAACAAUAAUGAAUUACCAAAAUCAAGAUUUGUCACAUUGCACACGUUACACAUCAUGAAUAAUAUAUCGAGGCAAAAAUUUGACAGUGUACAAAUAGCUAAAUACAACUCAAUUGAAUUGACAUGAGUCUGAUUUAAAUAUCAUUGAAAUAUAUAGGUCUAUGUAGCCUAAACUAUGACCUAUUUAUAUUUUAAUACAGUAAUUUCGGUUUUCAUUUGAAGCGUCUUUAUAUCCUUCGCUUGUUAUGCAAAGAAAUUGGCAACUUUGUAGUUGUCACAUUCCUUCUGAAGUUGUCAGCACAAAAGACAGAUAAACGUCUUGAUUGUGUUUUGCGGAAGUCUGUAUAAAGUGUCGCGGAAGGGCAAAAAUGCAUCUAACGACAUACUUGGGUGUUCAACGAGUGGUCGGUAAAUAACGAGCGUUUUCGAUAAUCACUUUAGUAACGAUGGUUUUGGGAAACAGCUCGGAGAUUUAACUAUGCUCCUACCAAGGUUAUAACGGUUGACGUAGCCUUAAUAUGCUUUUGGGAAACUGGGCCCUGGACUUUAUGUACGAAUGAAAUCUAGACGAAUUAAAUCUAGGGAUACCAUCAUUCCCAAUGUCAGCCAAGUUGAGCUAACACAAACUAGGAGUAGUUGUUCUCAUUCCAAAACUAUGUGUGCACUGUGUAGACAAGAAAAGAUUCCAGUAGGCUACCUGUGUGAAUUCCGGAAGCAGUUACGUGUAGAGUUGUUCUGCAUUAUUUUCGGCUGGAAGCUGGGUGGGUCAGGAAUCCAGCACAAAAAUCCAGUCUAACUUGAUAUGAUAAUUAAACGUUAUUAUGUCUCGAAUUCUUUCGGGAAUUAUACCAGACGAGGCAGUCUUCACAGACUUCAGAAGACAAGCCUUGUCAACGGACAACUGGUACAGUAAAUAUGACAAGAACGGAAUGGAGGUCUGGGUCGAGGUGGCCCCAGUAGCAUCAUCCCCUCAAGGAAACCAAAACAUCCCUAAAGUUCACAAGAUAAAGUGCAGAAUGACCAUAAAAGAUGUGUCAGCCGCCACCAUGUACGACGUCCUUCAUGAUGGCCUGUAUCGCAAAAAGUGGGACCCCACCAUGUUGGAGAGCUUUGACAUUGCCCGUCUCUCCCCUAACGCUGAUGUGGGCUACUACUCAUGGCUGUGUCCGAAACCACUGAGGAACAGAGAUGUGGUGACGCUGCGUUCGUGGCAGGUGACGGACGACGAGUAUGUGAUCGUUAACUACUCAGUCAAACACCUGAAAUAUCCUCCCAAAAAGGACCUUGUGAGAGCCAUCUCCCUCCUGACUGGCUACCUGGUGAAGGCCACAGGACCCAAUAGCUGCUCCUUUACCUACCUCUCACAGGCUGACCCCAAAGGUUCUCUUCCAAAGUGGGUGGUGAACAAAGCAUCUCAGGUUCUGGCUCCCAGGGUCCUGAAGUGUGUGCACAAGGCGGGCCAGAGUUACCCAGAGUGGAAAGAGCAGAACUCUCCAGAUCAGAAGCCCUGGUUGUACCCAGAGCAAAGCACCCUGCCCAUGAUGGACCCGGCCGAGCUGACCAUCCAGCGGGCAGACUCUCUGGAGAACGUAGAUGAGAGCUCUCAGCUGGACAUUCAGGAGAGUAACAAAGCAGAGGACAGCAGCUGAGCACGUCUGUCAGAGGGGAUGAAGCCUAGACAAGAGAGGAUGGAUGGACAAGCUCAUGCAGACCUAAAGACUCAAGUCCUCAACCUCUCCAUGGCACAUGAUCCCAAUCUUUAAAGUUUUAAGAUCCACCCCCAAUUUAUUUUGUACUUAUCCAGUUUUUGCCUUAUAAACCACUAUUUAUGCCUAUAUGGAGGACGAGAGAAUAAACUGUUUACAUCUGUUUGGCCUUAUGGAGCUGAACAACAUACCAACGAGUGGGAAUUCUGGUUCUUCCCCUCCACCUGAACUGAUAAUGCAGCCAGUUUUUGCCAACGAACUGUGCCGACUCCAGACAAUGCACUGGCAGAGGUGCUAGAUGGACUUGGUUGUUGAUUGUUACGUACAGCUACUUUUAGAAACGACAGCAUCAGGUAUUUUAUAUUAGCAGCCAUGCUUGAUAGUUUUUUAUACAAUUUGAUAUGAGGUUUGGAAUAAUUCAGAACCAAGUUAAAGAAGAGCCAGGAUUGGCUGUUUUGAUUUCCUGAGUAUAAAUUCAAGUGAAAAGAUGUAUUUGUGUAUGAUGUUUUUUUAUUUGAUGGAAUACUUGUUUUUUGAGCUACAUUGUAUUUCACUAUUGUCUUUAUGACUGGAAACCAUGAGUAUGACUACACAGAAAGUGCCUUGUUAUUCUGUAGGUUCCCAAAUUGGUAUUUAUUGAAAGUUUGUGCAAUCUGGGAGGGAGACAGUGGAAUUCAUUCCAUUGCUGGUUAUAUACCCUUGGGAUAUAUGCUUGGUAUGCAUGCUUUGGACUUACUGUAGGCACUGCAUAUAGGAACCAAUGGUGACUUAAUUAAAUGGAAAUAGUUUUAGCAAAAUAUCACACAUAGUAUUUUAACAAAUGUACACAGUGAAUUGUAUGAUUUCUUUUGUGUUUACCUGAAGAAUCACCAUCAUAGAUCUUACCCCUUUUAAAGUGUAUUUAUUUUCAUAAAGUUACUGAUAAGUAAUGUCAUGACAGAGCAAGCAAGGAUUCUGAAGUUAGCCUUGCAUACAGCUCUUGAACUUGACUUUGAAGACAAAUGAUUGUAAAGUUACAUUUUUUUUAAUAAACCUCAGAUAAGG